AAGGGUAUUACUGCGCACCUUUCAUAACCCUGCUCCAUUCACUAGAUAUGAGGGUGUAUGUGUGUGUGUGUGAUUUUCUCUCUCUCUCCCCCUAUCCUCCUUCUGAGGGCUGAUUAUUUCACCUCCCCGUCACCCCACGAACCCCCCGAUUUCCUUGUCAUUUUCUUCCUAGCCUGUCUUGGUGUGGUGGAUUGAUGAAUCUGGAUCGCGUGUGAGAGCAAGCGAAAGAGAGAGAGAGAGAGAGAAAGAGAGAGAGAGAGAGAGAGAGCGCCUCACCACCGGGAUUUUGAGGAAUUUGCCUGUGGUGUUAAAGGGAAGGGAAGAAGUAAGAGAAACUGAGAGAGAGCUCUACCUAUCGACGGAUAUAAGAGAAGUCAAGAGCAUUAGGCAUAAGCAGCCAUACCCACUCAGGCACUAUGAAACGUCUUUGAGAGAGCGAGAGAGCGCGCGCAUUAAAAAAAAAAAAAGCCACAACCAGCCACUAACCAGGACUUUGCAGAGUCCAGAGAGAGCGAGAGCGAGAGUCCUUAGCACUGAUCUCUUUAUAGAAUUAAAGACUUUUUUUUUUUUUGGUGGUGGUGGUGGUGGUGGUAAAAGGUUGGUUUCCUUCUUCCUUUCAUGCGAGAGCCAUGAGUUCCUACUUUGUAAAUCCUCUUUUCUCCAAGUACAAAGGCGGCGAGUCUCUGGAACCAACUUACUACGAUUGCAGAUUUCCACAAAGUGUAAGCAGAAGCCAUGCUCUCGUGUACGGUCCGGGCACCACGGCUCCCAGCUUCCAACACCCUUCACACCACGUCCAAGAGUUCUUCCACCACGGAACCUCCAGCAUCUCCAACUCUGGAUACCAGCAAAAUCCUUGCGCCCUGGCGUGCCACGGAGACGCUUCUAAAUUCUAUGGAUACGAAGCCCUACCAAGGCAGUCGCUUUAUGGUGCCCAGCAAGAGGCGGCCGUGGUACAAUAUCCUGACUGUAAAUCCUCUUCCAACAGUAACUCUAGCGAGGGACAAGGGCAUUUAAAUCAAAAUUCUUCUCCCAGUCUCAUGUUCCCAUGGAUGAGACCUCACGCUCCCGGAAGGCGCAGUGGCAGGCAGACUUACAGCCGGUAUCAGACCUUGGAGCUAGAGAAGGAGUUCCUCUUCAACCCCUAUUUGACACGGAAGCGGCGUAUAGAGGUCUCUCACGCCCUGGGACUGACAGAGAGGCAAGUCAAGAUCUGGUUCCAGAACAGGAGGAUGAAAUGGAAGAAAGAGAACAACAAGGAUAAACUCCCCGGAGCCAGGGACGAGGAGAAGACGGAGGAGGAAACUAACGAGGAAGAGGAAAAAGAAGAAGAGGAAAAAGAAGAAAGCAAGGACUGAUCUCUCUCAGCUCCUUGAAGUCCUCGUUUUAUGGCAGAUGAUAAAUCGAGAUGUUUACGACGGUCAUUCGCUUUUAUAGAGUAUAGAAUGGAGAGACUCACACACAACAGUAACUACCUGUCAAAAGAGUUGUAGCUCCCCCUUUUUAUUGUCAUAGGACUUCCCUUAGUUCCCCCCUUCCUUAUAGCAGCAUUUUUAAAAAAUAAUAAUAAUAAUUUUAACUUUUUAAAAACAAAAACAAUUUUUUUUUUUGGUGUUUGGCUUCCAGUGAAAUAACUAUAGAACAGGACUGACUUACAGAUCCAGUCCUAAACCCAGCACUAUGCAUUUCCAGACGAAUGGACCUCCUCGCCAUCACCACCACCAGCAGCAGUGACCCCACCCCCUUCUACUCCUUGCUUUAUUCUAGUUGUCAGCAAAUACAAGGAUCUUAUAUAUUUAUUUGGGAUAGGAAGGACUCCUAUUUCUUCUCGACCAGGUUUAACCACCUCCCCAAGUUUAAUAAUAUAAAAGGUAAAGGGAGGGAGGGAGGAAAUGUACGAAAACGCUUUAUUCUUAGUCUUAACUUUAAAACAAACAAACAUCCCUGUCUACCUAUGUGCCCUUCCACGCCAAGGUCCAUUUAUUAUUUUUAACUUUUAGCUGUGUCAAUCAGUAGCUACUAAAGGACAAUUUCUUCUUGGAAGAUGGAGGCUUGACACAUGCCUGAAGACAGCACCACAUGCUUACUAGUUAUCUAUGAAUAUAUCUGUAUGUUGUGUCUACCUAUAUACGCCCUGCGGUUUGGCAGGAAAAAAAGCUAUAGCAUUAGGCAUUUUGGCUUGGAAGGAAGCCCCAGCCAAAUCAAUGGGACUUACGUUUGAGGAAACAUGCUUAGGAUAGCUGUGAAGGACACGGAACCACCUAAUGAUUUCUCUGGGUGUUGUUUACUAUAUUACUCGUGUGAGCACUCGAAAUUCUUAACAUACUACCUAAUGGGAAACCUGCAAUAAUCAUCUAUUAGCAACAAGGUGGGGGCUUACACAUACUUAAAAUAAAAUAAAAAACUUGUUCGAAUCAUUUUAAAGAGGAGUUGUGUAUUGCCCUAAUGCAAGCUACUAAGUAGCAGAAAAUAAUAAUAAUAAUAAUAAUGAAAAAGAAAAAGAAAAAAAAAUGAAAAAUACAAAAAUACACAUUGUAAUGUAUCUUAUCACUACCUAUAGAAGGAGUCAUGCUUUGAAAGUAUUUGUAACGCGGUUUUGUUGUCGUAUGUUGCUGCUUAUUUUCUCUUGGAAAAAAAAUAAUUCCCAACAACUGAAACUGCCUAGAUAAGAACGCACAGUAUUGUAUUAUUUUAUUGUGCUUAUAAUGUAGUUUAGGACUUAAAUUGCACUGAAUGUAUAGUUAUCUAUUUGUCUUGACUUAUCUGUUAAUGCAACAUGCUCGAAUUACACACACACACAAAACAUACACAC